AAAAUGAACUCCGAUACUUUCGUGAAUUUGUUUAAUCCAAAGGUGCUACAUCAAGCACAGAUGACACCGAGUCUCUACUAUUGUUAUUGCGACACCUAUCUCUUUUCCUUUCGUUAGGAAUCCUACUGUGACCAUAGUAGAUAAGAAAUAAUGGGAUGGAUAGAAGGAUUGGGGAGGAUUGCAUGGGAAGAAUCAAGUUAGGAUAGAAAAUUCAGCUUGGGAAACUAUUUAAACCUCGUGCCUGUGCAGCAGGAUGGGAGGGAAAUCAGGAUUGGGGUUGGUUAGAUGGUUCGGAAGGAGAGGUAGUAACAAAAUGUAGGAAGAAGAGAAAUAGAGGAGGAAAAAGUAAGUCUGCAAAAGCUGUGCAAGAACUAGAGCCUAUACAAGUCAACUGUGUCUGAAAAAAUUGUGAAAAAUGAUGGAAAAGGAAAGAAAACGUUCCUAGAAGGAAAAUGAAUCAGUUAAUUUUACAGUACAGACCAGAGUUACCUUUCUAUUUUGACAAUUUGGAAACUGUAGCAUAAAGUAAGGUAGAAGGCGCUCUAAAUCUGAUGGAAGUGACUCAGGUGAAGAGAACAUGUCCAAGAAAGAUUUGGCCCUUAACCAAGCUCUUGAUCAAAUCACUUCUGCAUUUGGAAAAGGAUCGAUCAUGUGGCUUGGUCGCUCUGACACACCCAAAGAUGUACCAGUUGUGUCUACCGGUUCUUUUGCUCUUGAUAUAGCACUAGGAUGUGGUGGACUUCCAAAGGGGCGUGUUGUGGAAAUAUAUGGUCCAGAGGCUUCUGGGAAAACAACUCUUGCAUUACAUGUGAUUGCAGAGGCACAGAAGCAAGGAGGCUAUUGUGUCUUUGUUGAUGCUGAGCAUGCCCUUGAUAAGACACUUGCCGAGUCUAUUGGUGUGAAUACUCAGAACUUGCUUCUUUCACAACCAGAUUGUGGUGAACAGGCACUUAGUCUCGUGGAUACCUUAAUCCGUAGUGGUUCAAUUGAUGUCAUUGUUGUUGAUAGUGUGGCUGCUCUUGUUCCUAAAGGUGAGCUUGAUGGUGAGAUGGGCGAUGCUCACAUGGCAAUGCAGGCUAGGUUGAUGAGCCAGGCACUUCGAAAAUUGAGCCACUCCUUGUCACUUUCUCAAAGUAUAUUGAUUUUUAUAAACCAGGUAAGGUCAAAGAUUUCUACUUUUGGGGGAUUUGGUGGGCCCACUGAAGUUACUUGUGGUGGUAAUGCGUUGAAAUUCUAUGCCUCUGUGCGGCUUAAUAUUAAGAGAAUAGGGUUUAUCAAGAAGGGUGAAGAGGUUGUAGGAAGCCAGGUUCUUGUCAAGGUCGUGAAGAACAAGCUUGCCCCUCCUUUUAAAACUGCCGAGUUUGAGCUUCAAUUUGGCAAGGGUAUAUGUAGAGAAGCUGAGAUUAUAAAGUUGAGCUUAAAAUACAAAUUCAUCACAAAGGCCGGUUCUAUGUAUUACUAUAACGAACAUAAUUUCCGCGGUGUGGAUGCUCUCAAGAGUUUCCUAGCUGAGAAUUAUAGUGCUUUAGAAGAACUAGAAAUGAAGAUUAGGGAGAAGCUUCUAAAACCUGAGACAGACAAGUUACCAGAGUCAGAUGGAGAUGUUACGGAAGAAAUUGCUACCCUUGAUUCUUCUACUGACGAAGAAGCCAUAGCUGUUGUAGAAGCAUGAAUUUUUGAAUGAACUUAAAUAUAUGCUGUAGCUUGAUGAAUUUGCCAUAAAAUGGUUCGGUCAAAAGAAGGUCCGAAGAAGCAACACACAUGCCCUGAGGUUGGACUCUGAUCACUAAAUUUGGUUACUCUAAGUUGAAGGUGUAUUUCAAAAAGGUAAAGUGCGGAGUUAUAACUGUUGAUGGAAAAAAUAACAAUUGAGAUUGUGAUAAAUAUAUUUACAUGCAUGAAGGUUAUUUAGCUGUAAUCUGAUCUGAGUUUUCAUUUAACAGUUAUUAUUUGUAUUUUACUUUUUUAAGUACACCUUUCAGUUUAGAAGGGUCAACCCAUUUGAUAAUUCUUGCUUGUGGUUAGAUUGUUCAAGUCAGGAAUUAAAAUUUUGGUUCAUUUUAUGUUGGCAUGUGGCACAUGUAAGGUGACAGGAUAAUUUACUAAUUAGUCAGGAAGCAAGGUCAUUACUCCAGAGUUGGGUCGUCACCAAUUACUUGUAAAGAUUUUGCUAUGCAAUUUUGUAUUGUGAUGAAUAUGUAUCUCAUCUGGGACCAGAAUUUACACGGAAAUGAUGAUUAAUUAUGUUUGUGAAA